AUGGCCGACCAGCAGUCCUGGUACGAGGCUCUGUCGCGGCUAGACUUCGAGCGCGACUGCUCGGCGGGCCCGACAACGGUGGACAACUGCUGGCUAUGCGACAAGCUAGCGGACUGGAACACCGUUCUCGCUCCGCUGCGGCUUCAGGUCGUCGAGGAGAUACCCGGGUACCUGUGUCUCCGCACGCGACAGGGAAACAAGAAACCUAAGGUCAUGAACAGCGCGUACAACCCGGCCUACUUCAUUGCUUGGCUGCCCAGAAAACAUCGGUGCAUAGUUGCCGUGAAGUUCGGUCAGGGCGAAAUGGAUCUUGACCGAUCAACCGUGCCCCCGUCAUUGUUCGACUACACCCCAGAAAUUCGCCAAGUAACCAUAGGAGGCAUUGGCGCGUUCGACUGCAGUUCCCUCAUGGACUCCUUGGGUGGCGUCGCGAAUCUCGAGGCCCUGGUCUUGGACGAAGCCACGGUGGGCGACCCGUUGUCCGUGGCUCUCGGAGGGCUGCUGGUGGCGAACUACGAUACUGUAAGAACAGUCAGCGUGAGCAGGAGUUUCGUACCGGGCGGUGCGUCCAACACCCUCACCGAAGCCAUUUCGAGGUGCUUGAACCUGAAGGAACUAACGUACAACGCCCACCUGGACUUUCAGGGACUGAAAUACUUGAAAAAUCUGAUUCACUCGGCCGACAGUCUGGAAAAACUGUGUCUCAGGGAAGCGCUGAACACCGUAGUCGAUCCCGUCGAUGACCGACAAAACGAAGAGCUCUUAGCCACUGUCGCUGAACUGGCGCAGAGGAGUGCGUCCUCGCUCGACUUUUGUUACCACGCCUACACGCACGUAUUCACGAGCGCACUGCGGGGACUCGAAGCGAGCACGGUGCUGAGACACCUGGAGAUUAGCAAAUGCGACUGCGUGACGGGCCCCACUGUCGGGCCGCUGCUCAAGUGCGCACUGUCUUCCUACGCGGGACUGCAGUCCCUCACUUUCAGGGCCUGCGAGUUUGACGCUACGGCUGCCGAACUCCUGGCCGGCGCUCUCGAAGAGAACACGACGCUGAGGCAGUUGCUGGUGUUCGACGUCAUCAUAAGCUUCCCGCAAAUGCAAACUCUCCUGGGAGCUCUUGAGAAGAACAAGACGUUGCAGUUGCUGCAAGUCGACUUCCUGGCUGCCUCGGAAGAACAGAGGUGGGUUAUGUCCGAACAGAUGUGCCGAAACGACCUCUACACGCGCGUGCAACUGCCGUGGACGAACUCGGAUGCCCGUUACCUGAGCGCCGUGCUGGGUGAACCGUGGCUUUGUCCCUGCCACCUGCAGCUGAACGCGGGUCGGCUAAGCGACUUCCACUUCGCGAUGCUGUGCAAGGCGCUGUCGCGUCGCUGCUUUGUCCGAAGCCUAACGGUCAGUCUCUGGCAGGCCGGGCCCGGACAGGUCGACAGCCUUCGAGACGCCCUUAGGAAGAACACGUCGAUCGUCGAGCUCAAGCUACACGACUGCGAGAGCUCCGGAGCUGCGGUCAGGGCUUCCAUCGGCCUGGACGUUAAUCGCAAAGUGGCGCAGUUGGUCGUAAUCUGCAGCGACGCCAUGGAGCCGUCUUCGGCCGUCCAGUUCGCGUCCGUGCUGGCCGCGAACCAGUUUCUGUGCGAGGUGGAGCUGAUGUGCUCGCGUGAGGUGAACGCUGAGUGCAUGACCGCCAUGUCCCGCGGUCUCCUUCAGAACAAUACCAUCUUGUCGUUCGCGGUUCGGUCUAGGUGCAUCGCCGAGUGCUCGACUCGAGACAUGGAGGUCGCCGUACAGAGGAACGUGACACGCCUUCAUCGGGCCGUGCGCUUCGUCCUUAAGAGGGACCUCACGAAGCCGUUCGCCGAGGCGUUCGAGAUGUGCGAGAACAAGGAGUCGCUCGUCCAACGCAUCAUGCUCACGUCGGGCAUGAGCGAAGCCGAGGCGACCGCUGCCGUGACGUCGGCGCGGCGCUUCAUCUUGAGGAACUACUUCACGAUCAACAAUGUGGUCCAUCACGUCGUCGAAUGUUGGCCGGGAGAAGGCACGCAAAUCGACGCGCUCAACUACGACUGCUGGCUGGCUAUUUCGGAGCACUUGAAAGUAUCCGAUGUUCUUUAUGCAGGAUCUUGUUAAAAUUAAGGAACACCAAGAGGCAGUGCGGUUGGCCGGAGUGUGGCCCUCCAUUCUGACGACCCUGCACUAGCAGUCACUGCAUCGAGAGUGCGUUUUC